AUGCAGCUUGCUUCGUUCUUCUUCAUCUGUUGGGCCACCAGCGCCCUCUUCUAUCUGUACAGCGCUCUCCUUGGAGCCCCUGGAUAUGCGGCUCCCUUCGUUCUGGUACUUUUUCUGCUUGCGUACCUCUUCCAGCCCUUCAACAUUUGUCAUUACAGAGCUCGACGCUGGCUCAUCCGAAUUUUGUAUACUUCUGGUUAA